AUGGCUGCUCAACUCGUCAACACCCACGUCUCCACCGCGGGACGAACAUGUGCCCUCUGCCAUUCCGGUAUCCCCUGGGACGUCACCUUUGCGGACUGUACCUACUGCAGACUGCCCUUCUGCAAGCACUGCUGGCUCCAACACCAGCCGAGCCAUGCCCUGGCCUCGGUCUCGAUGGUGCGCGGCGACAUCCACGACGCCACCAACAAAGCUGCCCCCCAACCGUGCUCGGCAUGUCGAAAACGCUCGUCGAGUCGGUACGCGUGCCUCGAAUGCCACUACACGCUGUGUCGGGGCUGCUGGUUCUCGCGAGGCGUCAACACCCACCCACACCGGUCCUUCAAGGUCUUCGAGGCAAAAUGCUCGACGGGGACGGUCACUACGGCCGACACGCUCCCGACAAACUCGUGCUGUGACGACGCCGCCGUCAAUCACUGCGUCUCCUGCUCAAAGGGCUUCGCGCUCGGCCAGUCCGUCAUCUUCUGCAAGACGUGCUUCGUCGACAUCAACGAGCCCAUGUACCGCUGCCUGAGCUGCUACUCACUCGGCCACGGCCACCCGAGCCACCACGAGCCGUGGCAGUGGACGUUUCAGGUCGCAAAGACAGGCUGGCUCUCCAGCGGCAUUUACUGCCAGAAGUGUGCCCAACCGAUGCGGACGGUCGAGGCUCUCAAAGGACACGCCCACACAGACUUUAUUGACGUCUACACCGAAGAGAAUCUGAAUCAGGUCAUUGCGCGAUCAUAUCGGGAGUGCCAGAGAAAAGUCAUGCGGGUCGACGGGCUCGUCACCGACGUUGGCGAACAGUGCAGUCUCUGCUUGCAUAAAACCACACCCAUCUCGUCUUUGCAUUGUCAGCAGUGUAACCAAGUCCUCAAGCUGUGUACUCACUGCGUCCAGUAUGCCAGCAAAUUGCAUGUCCACCCCAUUCCCAGGUUCAACGACGAUACCAACCAAGCCCAACCGGGUCAGAUACUUCAGAGUCCAGUCUCGACAGGAUCUCUACCGUCACCGCAGUCGCCCUAUCCACCCCAGCGUCCUUUCAGUGCUACUGCUGCUCCCCAGUCCCAGUGGUCUGGUCACGCUGCCAAUGCGCAUCCCACGGCUGGACAUGUCAGGCCACUUCCAGGACAAAGAAUCAGCAGUGCUCCACCCCAUACACAGUGGUCAAGACCUCAAAGCCACGUUCCCGGGCAGAUGGUGAGACCUUGUGGCCCGGCACAGCAGCAUAACUUCUUCAACGAGCUUGCCACCAGCAUCGCCGUGGCGUCCAUCACGAAUGCAGUGGUGGCUGGGCAGUCAAAUGCGAUAUAUGGCGGGUCAGAUGGUACGGGUGCGGCAAACGGUGGAAAUUUUGACACUAGUACAACAGCUGUAGAUCCCAUGGGGAUUAACACAACCCAAGAUGCCAGUGGGGCGCAGGGCAUGGACUGGUCGAUGGGGGAGAAUACCGCAGUGUACGACUCGGGAUGGGCUAUGGACAACUCGGCACAGUUCGAUUCGGGGUUUUGA